CCUAACUCCCACGAGAAAAAAAAUUAAAAUAAAAAAAUUCCCUAACCAACUGAUCGACUUUGCUCAUCAUCCCAAAAGAGGAGACAAGAGCAUCAUCAUCAAUAUCAUCACCAUAAACAAAAAGAGAAAACAGAGUAGACCGAAAGGAAGAAAAUCAUCAUCCAUGGCUUCAUCAUCAUCAUCUGCAGUAAAGACAGAGGCAGUUGAUGCUACACUAGCUGCACUUGGAUUUGUGUUUGAAGAGCUUUCAGCUGACAAAGUCUCAGGCCACAUUCAAGUGUCCCUCAAAUGCUGUCAGCCAUUCAAGGUCCUGCAUGGAGGAGUCUCAGCUCUGAUUGCAGAGUCGUUGGCAAGUAUAGCAGCCCACAUGGCAUCCGGGUUCAAAAGGGUUGCUGGGAUUCACCUUAGUAUCAAUCAUGUCAAGAGUGCUCAUUUGGGAGACCUUGUCUUUGCUGAGGCUACUCCUGUUAGUCUUGGCAAAACCGUUCAAGUCUGGGAAGUGAAGCUCUGGAAGAUUGGUACUAGUAGAAAUACCUUCUCUAAUUCAUCAGAAGAAAGAUCUUUGACUGCUUCAUCAAGGGUUACUCUUUUGUGUAAUUUGCCUGUCCCAGAAAAUGCUAUACUCUGAAGAAGUAUGCUAAAUUAUGAAUCCCACUUCUUGAAGUUGUACAUCAUGUCUUAUACAAUCAAUAAGAAACUCAAAUCAUUUGCUGCACAAUCAUUGCACGGCUAUUUGCAGAAUUCGCAGAUAUCUGAAGAUUUUGGGGAGUAUCAUGAACCCCUUCCUUCAUGAUGUAACUUAUAGUCAGUAGUCACCUCAUGCUCUGUGCAGGAUAAGAAUUGCUGUCUUAUGUCCUUAACAAGUAAUCACCUGAACCUGUGUUUCCAUAUUACAUAUGGUGAGAAUUGGAGGUUCUGGAAUUGAAGUUAUGUGCCAUGGUGCGUCAAGACAUCAACAUGCUGCCAGGAUAAGAGUCGCUGAAACUCGUAUAAAAUUUGGUUGAAUUGUUAUUGCCCUUAGCUGACCUUUUGGAUGUAUGGAGGACUUCCAUAGCUGCUUUGACAUCUUGUUUCCACUGUUCUCACUUUCUGAUGUUUGUUAUAGAAGUAUCCUAGUAUGCUAUGUUAAAACAGGGACAGGUAAUGGUACAACAAUUCAUAUAUUGCUUGCUUGCCCCUUUGCUUGAUUUAUAUCCCUACAUGGAUUAUAAUAUGCUUAUCCAGAUUUUAGUGAAGACUCUCAUAUCUAUAGUUCUAAACUUUCAAAAAGCAGCUGUCAAGUAGCUACAGGAUUUCUCACUGGAACAAGGCACAGGCAGACCAUGGCUUCAGAAAGAUUAGAUAAGAAUGAUGUUUGGAGAUGGCUAUUCCCAAGCUGUUAUUUCAGUUUUCUCUCAAAAUUAUUCCCCAUUGCAGCAGGAUUAGUACCUGCUAGUCACUUAUGCAAUGUGGUUAACCUUCACUUUUGGCUUGCUAGAGACAACAUCGUAGACAGGAGCAUGGUUGUUUGCAUGUCUGCCUCGUUUUACCCUUUUUCCUUCAAAUGACACGAAUGCUAGGCAAUUGUCUGCCAAGUAACAUUCAAAUUCAACUUGUUUGGAAUGUAAAAAUAACCAAUAUACUGAAGCGCAAUAAAUAGAUUGAUAAUAGAGAUAGGUUGCUGAGCCCUUUUGCCGGAGUUAGCUACCAGGCUUCUGUUAUUUAUUUUGUGUUUGCUUUCCAAAUUUUGCGUUUACUUUCCAAAAUUGAACUGGCAGGUGCAAGAACAUUUUGGUAGCGGAGACUGUUAAACAUCCUGUAUAUAAAGAUAGAAAUUGACAGCUCUUAUUAUAUUCACAUGUAGUUUUACAGGCCUCAAUCCUCCAAUAUGUACAAGCAUAUUCCAGGAUAUAGUAUCCAGCUUUGUGAUUAUGGUAAUCUGACAAACUCUGAUCUUGGAGGAAGCUAAGAUGUCACAGCAAUCUUCUGAUACACAAAUUAAGAUGGCAAAAUUAUCAUGAAGGAAAUUGCUCAAAAUGUUGAAACGGGGAUGCCACUUCGAUUCUUUGUCAGCAGGGAAGUACUUUCACAAUCAUUUCCUUCUCAGAUGUGGCGUUUAGUUGCAGAUUUUACAUCAACAUUGAGGACCAGGGAAAGCAUCCAUGAAUUGUACCUAUCUUUAAGAACAUUGCUUAAUUUUGAUUCUGAAUCCAUGAGCAUUUGCUGGUUGCUAAUGAUCAUCAGGUCACAUUCCUGGGAAGCCUGGUGGACAAAAUUACCAUUCUGUGGCUGUCUUUAACAACUGAGCGGGUACAUCCUCUUGUCAGCUCAGCAUAUCAUGUCAAGUUCAAGCUGAGCAAUAGCAACUGUUAUGAUAGGGAUAGCAUUCUUGGCGUGGCUACCACGUUCAGGAACCAAAGGAGGAAAUGAUUAACAAAGUAAUGAUGAUUGUAUCUACAGAAUCACGCUGCAUAUUUAAUCGAAUUGAUCCAAACCAUUACAACACAUUGUCACUGGGCCAAUUGAUGUUCUUAAAAUUGAGAAGAUGGGAUUACUAAGCAUGACUUCUGACAGAGUUUGAUUGGAAAAUGAUUGAACAGCAUCAAGAACACAAAUGCAGCCUCUUGACUCUUGUGCCAGCUAGAUAGCACAAGUCUUCGUCUUUUCUUUUCUUUCCUGCUUUUCCCUGAUGCAGUUUUAAUCAAAUUCCUUGUCCCAAAGUCCAUGUUCAUUGAAUAGCAA